AUGAAAGACUUGCUGAAAAGGGGUCGUAAACAGGCCCAAGUCUCUGACCGAUACUGGUUGCGCACACAUAUCGUGACUUUCUUCACACGCGGCCGAACUGGCCUACAGACAGCUGGACCCAAAGUUUUGUUGUUCAGCGAAAUCGCCACAGCACCGCCAGCAAGCGCUGUCUACGCAAUGAUGACCAACCAUAUAGCAGCACUUGCUGCCAUAUGGCUAUAUCUCAAGCACCGUGAACUUGUCUCAUAUUUCUCGCACGAUCAUCAGAAUUCAUGGCAGCGGAAAAUCAGCUUUGUGAAUUCCUGCAUUGGACUCGUAGCGGUCGCCUGUCUACAAAUGAGCGUGAAUUUCCCGAAGAACAAAGUGCCAUACAUCCAAGUCUACUCCAACAUGUUGCUGAUGGUAUGCACCGUGGUGUACGUAUGGAUCCAUACUACUCUCUCAGCUUUUGUGAUUGAUGCGAACAUAGCCCGUCUGAAGCUCUUCGUUGUUAGGAGCUUGUUGGCUGCUGCUGUGACUUCGUUCUGUGGAAGUAGUGAGUAUUUGCUUAUUACUGGAGGCGCUGCUUGA